AUGGGCAACUCACAUUCCCAUUCCUGCAUUGCCGCCCCCGGUGCCACCAAACCCCGUCCCUUUUCACGAAAGCGAUCUGCGAUUCUGACCCGCAUACAUCUCUCUUGCGCCGAUUCAAGCGAAAGCCUCGAUCCCCCACAGGAGACCUCCAAACUCGUCUCUGACGAAAAGUCUGUGUAUGUUGAUCACUACCGAACCACUCCUCCUAUCACGUCUGUCGCCUAUUGUCCCAUCGCCACUGACCUGGAGUCCGACGGAGAAGGCGCCUUUGAGGGUUUCCUUCGAGAAUAUCCAGAGUAUCGACUCACAUGGAUCCUGGACACCUUACGCCGAACCGACUUUGCACGUCUGGAACGUGCGGGCGAGACCUACGUUGACUAUAUGGGCGGAUCGUUAUACCCAGAGAGUUUGAUCAGAGUCCAUACGGACUUCCUCAAUCACAGUAUUCUGGGAAACACGCACUCUGUCAGUAACAGUUCAAAGCUGUCAUUAAAAUGUGCAGACGAGGCACGGCAAGCUGUUCUUGCACAUUUUAGGGCGUCCUCCGAAUACACCGUGGUGUUUACGGCAAAUGCAAGCGCAGCAUUAAAACUUAUCGCGGAAGCGUACCCCUUCACAGGUGGCAGCAGCUUGGUCAUCGGUGCCGACUCUCAUAAUAGCGUACACGGCAUUCGGGAGUUCGCGACUUAUAGGAGUGCCAGAACGGUUUACGUACCCUCCACAGCCCAUGGAGGAUUCGACAUCCCCACUGCAAAGGACGUUUUACAGCGGCACCGGCCCCGAUCCCGUGAUUUAGCGCCUAGUCUAUUCGUUCUGACCGCCCAAUCGAACAUAUCUAAUAGCAAGAGCCCUCUGUCUAUAACUCAUCAUGCUGCAUCUCUCGGGUAUCACACCGUAGUGGACGGCGCCGCACUAGCACCGACGUCUGUGGUCAGCCUUGCAGACUACCCCAUCGACGCCAUGGCUGUAUCAUUUUACAAGAUGUUCGGAUACCCUACGGGCGUUGGGGCUUUGAUCGUGAAAAAGGACUUCUUGUCCCAGCUGAAACGGCCGUGGUUCGCAGGAGGAACCGUUGACGUAGUACAAGUUCCUGGAAAUAUCGUUACUCGCGCGCGCCUUCCGCAUGAGCAGUUCGAGGACGGUACAAUCAAUUAUCUGCAGCUUCCAGCCAUCACAGACGGUCUCCGCUUUCUCUCCGCCUAUCUGCCGUUCCUGCCCCUUCGGCUUUCAUCUCUGCUUCUGUACCUCACGUCAGCGCUGUCAAAACUUCGUCACGACACCACAGGCCGGCCAGUAGUCCAAAUUCUUUCAAAAGUGCCGACAAGAAGACUCCGCUCUGUAGGAGAGCCAGCCGAGACGGGGUCCAUCAUGUCAUUACUAUUCCUCAGUCCGACAGGAGAGAUGAUUCCCAAUUCGUUUAUUGAACAUGCGGCGUCGAGCAAGAAUAUCUCUCUUCGUACGGGCUGUAUGUGCAACCCCGGCGGUGCAGCCGCCAUUUUGGGGAUUGAAGAUGAGAUGGGCCGGCUCUAUCCUGGCGUCACUCUGGCCGACUUCCAGGACCAUAUGGGUAGGGAAUUGGGCGUCGUCAGGAUCAGUCUAGGGCUUGCAAGCAACUUCCGAGAUGUCUGGCGUGUUGUGCAAUUCGCAUCGUCCAUUGGUCAAGAAUACCCGAGACAAAUAAUGUGGAAUCAGUGGAUGGAAUCGCAGCGAUCCACAAUUGGCCAGGCUCUAUGA